AUGGGGAUUGUCCCUUCAAAUCUUCUACCUUCCUGGCUUGCCGUUCUGCUCUCUGAGAAGUUCUUCAACGCUUGCAUAAUUCAUGAGGAGGAGAGGAAGAACGAGAAGAACAUUUACUGCUUGGAUUGUUGCAUCAGUUUAUGCCCUCACUGUUUCGACCCUCACCAAUCUCAUAGACUCUUAAAGAUAAGAAGAUAUGUUUACCAAGAUGUUGUAAAGCUAAGUGAUGCUGCCAAGUUGAUCGACUGUGCUUUGGUUCAAUCAUACACAUCCAACGGUGCAAAGGUGGUGUUUCUAAACCAGAGGCAACUGCCAAAGAAUUACAGAAGCCACGGCAAAGUGUGUAUUACCUGUGACAGAAACCUGCAAGACGCUUAUCUCUAUUGCUCACUAUCCUGCAAGAUUGAUCACGUUAUACAAACAGAAGGUGGUCUGUCGCAGUAUCUUCGUGAGUGCAAUUCCAUGGCUCCACCGGACCCUAAUUCAGACGACGGUUUGCGGACUCCCAACUCGGUUCUUGAACCGGCCGGUUCGGCGACGUCAGUCCGAACCUCCUCCGGUUCUGGAGGCUACGGCGAAUUGGGUUGCAUGUCCUUGGCAUGUACAGCUACGACAGAGAUUGUGAGGAAAAAGAGAAGCAGCUUAUUAAGGGCGGCAUGCCGGCCGGUUAUUUCACCGGUGUUGGAAAUCUCAGCCGGCCGGAAAAAGGGUACUCCUCACCGGGCUCCGCUUCAUUAAAAUGAGAUCGUGGAGAAAGAUUUGGUGGGUAAGAA